ACUGUGUUGAUGGUGCUGUUGCCAGCGUGUGAAUUGCAUGGGGUGUAUCAUUAUACACAGAGUACAGGACAGAUAGAUAACGGGAUGUGAGGUUCUGAUUCAUAGGGCUUGUUUUAUAAUGAAGUGUUUGCAUCCUCCCCACUGCUCUGCUCAAAAUCCCCUCGGCUACCGGCGGCGGAAGGGAGCGGUGAAAGAGAAAACGAAAGCGAAAGUAUUGCCAGAUUCUACAAAACAACAAAACCCGAGCCUACAGUCACACGAACAAGGUUAUAUUCUGCGAUCCGUCGUCAUGCUGUAGUGCGGGCUUCAUAUAACACUAUAUUGUGCAAAUACAUACAAUAUUGGGUGUUCAGAAGAAGACUUUAACAGCACAUUAUUGUCGGUUCGUGAUAGUUUAUCAAUCACAAGGGACGGUCCGGUUUCUGUGCAACCUGCCACCCUAUAUAAAGUGAAAGUCUAUGGCGACACAACACAGUUUAGUUUUAGGCAUUGUAAGUGGAGCUUACGAGAGACUGAGAAAAGAAGACUCUUUUGAAGCGGGUUUAUACGUUGCGUUAGCUGCUGCUGUGGGGAUUUUAGUGGCAGUAAUCCUCUAUUUUACUUGUUAUACAGGCAUUUUAAAAAGAGAGAACGAGAGACUGGGAAAAGUUUUAGGCAGUUUAAAAAGAGAGAAAGAGACACUGGGAAAAGAAAAGGAUGCUCUUCAGAAGAAUUAUGAAAUUUUAAAAAGCAAGAAUGAGAGACUGGGAAAAGAAGACUCUUCUGAAGUGGGUUUCUGCGUUGUGGUAGUUAUGGGGAUUUCAGUGGAAUUAAUCCUUUGUUGUGUUUAUUAUAUAGCCCUUUUGAAAAUAGAGAACGAGAGACUGACAAGAGAAAAGGAGGAUCUUCAGAAGCAAAAUGUUUUAGGCAUUGUAAGUGGAGAGAACGAGAGACUGGGUAAAGAAGACUGUUUUGAAGCGGGUUUAUACUUUGCGUUAGCUGCUGCUGUGGGGAUUUUACUGGUAGUAAUCCUCUAUUUUGCUUGUUAUACAGGCAUUUUAAAAAGAGAGAACGAGAGACUGGGAAAAGAAAAGGAGGCUCUUCAGAAGAAUUAUGAAAUUUUAAAAAGCAAGAAUGAGAGACUGGGAAAAGAAGCCUCUUCUGAAGUGGGUUUCUACGUUGCCGUAGCUGCUGCCGUGUGGAUUUUUGUUUGUUCUACUUAUGAUAUAGGAGACUCUUUUGAAAAGGGUUUAUUCGUAAUCCUCUGUUUUGCUUUUUGUAAAGCCCGUGUGAAAAGAGAGAUCAAGAGACUGAUAAGAGAAAAGGAGGAUCUUCAGAAGAAUUUUGACAGUUUGAAAGGCAAGAAUGAAAGACUGGGAAAAGAAAAGGAAAAUCUUCAGAAGAAUGAUGAGUCUUUAAAACAGGAGAAAGGGAAGGUUGAAGCAGAUUUUAAAGAACUUCGAAGGAAUACCAACAUGUGUGUCUAUGCCGUUGACAGAGAUUGGAAAAAAUUAAUUGAAGCUUGUGUCAAUGUGACUCUAGACCCCGACACAGCCAGCCCCAGCCUCACAGUCUCUGAAGACGGCUCACGAGUGAAAUUCACAGGGGAGAGAUCAGCAGAUCAGUGGCCCAGUGUGCUGGGCAGGGAGGGGUUCACCUCAGGGAGGCACUACUGGGAGGUGGAGGUGGGGGAGAAGGGCUACUGGGUCCUGGGGGUCUCCACACACCCUCAUGAGAAGAGCAUACCUCAGAAACCAGGGGAGGGCUACUGGCUUGUGACGCUGGCUCAAGGGAAGAUCUGUACAGCUGUGAGCCAGUCAGGGGAUCAGAUCUUAAAACUGGAGAAGAUGUGCAAGAUGUGGGGGGUGUAUCUGGAUCACGGGGGAGGGAGGCUGUCAUUUUACAAUGCAGAGACCAGAUUUCACAUCCAUACUUUAGAAGGCUCAUUCCCUGGGCAGGUCUACCCCAUUUUCAGCCCAGGGUCACAUGAUAAAGGACCCUUGGUAAUCAAUACAAAAGUGAAGAAUGUGUAGUCCUGACAAGAAACCUGCUACACUAUAUAUAUAUAUAUAUAUAUAUAUAUAUAUAUAUAUAUAUAUAUAUAUAUAUAUAUAUACACACACACAGUUAUGUGCUGUGGAUUCUAAUUGAAGGACAUAGAUAUUUUAACAACACAUUGACACCACGAUUUUAUUUCAAAUAUUUAGACUCGUAUUUCCUCAAUCAGAUAUCCUGCUUGCAUAUUCAUAUUAGAUUUGCUGGCUUAAGAGUGGUAUUGGUUUGUAUAGAAAAGCCACACGGAUGAAUGCUCGCUUUUCCAUGUAGAUGAUAUUUACACUGAAGCUGGAAUAUCACCUGGAUAUUAUUGCUGGCUGAGAUUAAUGUUCUGACUUGUGCUAUAUUGAUGCUAAUCUUCUUUUACAUUUUUUUCAAUGUAUUAUUUUACCAACUUUAUUAAAAAUAUAUAUACAUAAA